UCUAAGUUAUUUUGUUUCUCUCUUUCAAAAUCUUAUAAACAAACAAUUACACACAAUUGUAUUUCUAUUUUAAUUCUGAUUAUCUUUUUUCCUUUUAAUUAAAUUUUCUAAUUGUCUUGUCAUCUUAUUAAUAUCCUUUUAUUUAUAAUAUUGUCCGUACAAUUAUGUUCGAUUCUAUUUCGUCUAAUCGUCAAGUUUUCCAAGCUUAUCAACAUUGGCGUAAGGAUGGAACUAAAUCUCUUAUUGAUCUUUUUACUUCUUGUGAACAAGCAAAAUCUAUUUCUAAACUAGCUCAAUUACCUCUGAAUUCAUCUGAACAAGAUCAACUAGUCGAUUAUCUAAUGAACAAAUCCAGUGUCAAAGGUGCCAAACUCCAAGCGAUUCUUUGUCUCCUAUUAAAUGGUAAACUAGAUGAAGCUCAAAAAUAUAAAGAUUUAUGUUUUUCAACAUCAACAAGUGGCGAUGAGAAUGAUGAUGAUCUCUUUCAAAGUGGAAUGAUUAUUUCAGCGAUGAUUGAAUCUUAUGCUAAAAAUUUACCGAAUUUCUCAUCAACAAAACAAUCAACAUCACAAGAACCAAGUACACCAAAAAGUGAAAAAUUCCAUUCUGGACAAGAAACUCAAACACCUUUUACCGAUUCAAGCAUCAUGAAUGAAAGUGUCCGUCGUCGGCGAUCCCGAAAGCCCAAAGAUCAAACCCCGAUGCCAACUCACACAAUGACGACACGAGCAUCAGCCAGAAAAAAAUCAUUAGGACAUUAAAAAGUCUUCAGUUGUUAAUUGUAAUAAUAAAAUGUUAAAUUUGUUGAAUGGUACCAAAUUUUAUGUAAUUAAUUUCAUGAUUUUAAUGAAAAUUAAAAAUUGAUUUUAACAAUUCAAUGUGAAUGGAAGUUGAUAGAUGGCGACAAAAGUAGAAAGAGUUGAGUCUUUGGUUACAAGCGAAUGAAAAAUUUUCAUUGAAAAUUAUGUUGAUUGAGUUACACAAACGAAACCAUUUGAUGAUUUGAUCGACUGAUUGUUUUCUGAUUUGAUUUGGUUAUUUAAUCAAAUCUCAUCGAUCCACAAAAACCUUAUCUUGGAUUGUUCAACAGAUAACAAAAAGUUCCACAACUAUGAUUAAAUCGACCGGAUGUUCGUUGUUCAGAUCAUCUUUGAGGCCUUCAUUUCAUAUUCUUUCUCUGUACUCAACUGGUCCAUCCAACUCGAACAAACCUCAGCACAUAAAAGGGAAUCAAAUGAUCUCUCAAUCAGCUGUUACCUCCAAGCAUCAAAGUAAACAGAAAGGAAAUGUUUUCGAUCGAAAUGCUAAACGUUUCCAGAGAGAAUCAUUGGCCAAAUCGAAGGAUUUUCCGGUGUACCAAUACGUGAAAGAAGAAUUUGGCUAUCGAAUGGCUGACAGAGUUUGGGACAUCAAACGAUUGUUCACCAAUGCAGUCGAACUUUCAUCCGGAGGUGGUUUCGUUUCGCAGCAUUUAACCAAAGAGAUCGUUGAAAAUAUUUUUCUAUGUGAUACUUCAGUCUCGAAUCUAGAUCGAGUUAAACUUCCCGAUGAUAUUUACACAUCAAUGGUUUUAGCUGAUGACGAGCAAUUACCUUUCAGAGAUGAAAGCAUCGAUAUAUUAAUGUCCAGUCUUUCCUUGCAUUGGGUCAAUAAGUUACCUGAACUGUUCAAAGAGGUCAAUCGAUGUUUAAUAAAAGACGGAGUGUUUCUUGGAGCUCUUUUCGGUGGUCAAACUCUUUACGAGUUAAGAUGUUCUCUGCAAUUAGCUGAAAACGAGCGACUUGGUGGUUUCGCCCCUCACAUUUCACCAUUUGUUGAGCCCACCGACAUUGGAGCUCUACUUAAUCGAGCAGGUUUUAAUUUACUAACUAUCGAUGUUGAAGAAAUGAAGGUUAACUAUCCAUCCAUGUUUGAAUUGAUCUUCGACCUUCAAUCAAUGGCCGAAAGUAAUGUCGCCUGGAAUCGACAGUCUCAUCUCGAUAGAGAUUCAAUGUUAGCCGCAGCAGCGAUUUAUCGUGAAGUCUAUGGCGAUAGUUCCGGAAAUGUUCCAGCGACAUUCCAAGUGGUCAAUUUCAUCGGAUGGAAACCCGACCCGUCACAACCCAAACCCGCAAGAAGAGGAUCAGCAAAUGUCUCAUUCAAAGACAUGGACAAUUUAGAUUCAAUGGUUGACAAUUUAAAAGAAACCAAACCAUCAUAAUAACAAUCAUAUAGCCAAUUUAAAUUUUAGAAUCCCCAUUGUAAAAAUCAAUCGAUUGUAACAUAAUCUAUUAAUAGUUUCAAUUACAGUUAAAUCAAUUUACUCGUUUGAACAAUUA